GACCAAAACAAUAUUAAACACUAGCUUUACUUUCUCUCUUCAAUUCCUCUCUACAAAUUACUAAGAUAUUGAAAGUUCUUUUUUUCUUUUUUCCUUUCCUCCAAACCAAAACUUGGUUUCCAUCAUAAGAAAUCAUAGCCCAAAUUACAUCAACAAGAAUUAUGGGGGAUGGAGAAGGUGUAGUUGGAGUGAGAAGUCUGAAUGAAGAAGAAAUCAAGUGGCCACCAUGGUUGCAACCACUUCUCCAAGCAAGGUUCUUUGUUCAAUGCAAAGUGCAUGCAGAUUCCAACAAAAGUGAAUGCAAUAUGUAUUGCUUGGACUGUAUGAAUGGAGCACUCUGUUCUUCUUGUCUAGCUUCUCACAAAGAUCAUAGAGCUAUCCAGAUAAGAAGGUCUUCAUAUCAUGAUGUGAUAAGGGUAUCUGAGAUACAGAAAUUUUUGGACAUAACAGGGGUUCAAACAUACGUUAUAAACAGUGCAAAAAUUGUGUUCUUGAAUGAAAGGCCUCAGCCUAAGCCUGGCAAAGGUGUCACCAAUAUUUGCCAUGUCUGUGAACGAAGCCUUCUUGAUUCAUUCACCUACUGCUCCCUUGGUUGUAAGAUAGUUGGAACCUCCAAGAAAUUUCAGAAGAAGUUAAGUGAGAGACAUCGAUCAGAAGGUGAAGAAUCAUAUAGUAAUGAAAAUGACAUAAACAUAAACAAAACUCAGAGCUUCACACCUUCAACACCGCCACCUUACAAAAUUGCUAAGAGGAGGAAGGGAGUCCCACAUAGAGCUCCAAUAGGGGGAGGCCUUAUUUACUGAAUACUUAUACUAAUUGUACAUACUUAUAUUUACGGUGAGAUUGACAGAAUUACGACGAAUCAUUGUAAUUUUCACUUUAGAAUUUCUACAAAUAGUGUUGCCGUGAUUUUGUGAAAAGCACCUACAUAUCAAUCCUACACUGUAAAAAAUGUUAUUCAUAAUAUGGACUAUAGUUGCACUAGUGGAUCUUUUUAUACAAGGUGCGCAGUAUUGUACAAAGUGGUUUGUAUAAACAUGCACACCCAGUUAACCACAUCAAAAAAUGUGGUUAAUUCUGUAGAAUAAAUUAUUAAAUCAAUUUACAACUAAAA